GACCUUUUGAGUGGCCUUUUUGGCCUCUUGAACCCCUCGCUACUCACAGAUAUUGAGUCCUUCUUUCACCACUUCGCAUACCUGUUCGACGACAAGACAACAAACCAGACAAAGUCCUUGCUCGACACUGCCUAUAAUUUGUUGACCCCAGAGUUGAGUAACGAGCUGCUUACUCUGUUGAACAAUGCGAACCAUCUGCUGACGCCGAACUUCGUCAACGAGACUCAGCAAUUGAUCGCUUCUGUUGGCCCCCUGGUUACACCUCAGCUGUUCCACAAGGUCUCCGUGUUGCUGGACAAUGGCAAUGAGCUUCUCACCGCAGAGUUUGUCAAGGAGGUCAACGGUCUGAUUGGCAAUGCCAAUCAAUUACUGACGGCCGACUUUGUGAAGGAAACGCGGCAGCUGAUCGAGGCUGUUACGCCUGUGUUGACCCCCGAGCUACUGAAGGAGGUCGGAAUCUUGGUCAACAACGCCAAUGGUCUUUUGACGGUUGAGUUUGUCAGGGAGGCCAAGUCAUUGAUCAAGGCCGUGGCUCCUAUCCUGUCCCCCGAACUCAUAGGGGAGGUUGGCACCUUGCUCAGCAACGCCAAGGGACUCUUGACGCCCAGAUUUGUGAACGAAACGCAAUCAUUGAUUGAAACGGUCGGACCUGCUCUUACACCAGAGCUGUUCCGGGAGGUCAACUCUGUACUGGGUAACGCUAACACAUUGUUGACGACACAAUUUGUGCACGAGGCCCAGAGCUUGAUCCAUUCAGUUGCUCCUGUGUUGACGCCCGCUGUUCUCGGAGAGGUUGCUGGCUUACUGAGCAACGCCAAUGAACUUCUGACGCCGACAUUUGUCAAUGAGACUCAGGGCCUAAUUCGCGCGGUGGCGCCUGUCUUUACUCCUGCUCGCCUCAAAGAACUCGGCCAGCUUCUAAAUAGCGCCACCUCCUUGCUGACCCCAAGCUUCGUUGACGAGACACAAGGCUUGGUGGGACAUGCGAAUGACUUGCUGACGCCUGACUUCGUCAAGGAGACCCGAACGCUGAUUGGGGACAUCUCCCCUGUGUUCACACCUCAGCUGCUCUCCGAAGUAGGAGGCAUACUCAACAAUGCCAACGCCCUGUUGACGCCAAAGUUUGUGAAUGAAACUCAAGGUUUGAUCGAUGGAAUCUCCCCGAUCUUAUCUCCUGAUAUGCUCGGCCUAGUCGGCGGUCUCCUCGGAAAUGCCAGUAAGUUGUUGACCAGCAAGUUUGUUGAAGAGAUUCAGACUUUGAUCGACAACGUGUCACCUGCCGUCACGCCUGCUCUGCUUGAAAAAGUGAACUUCCUCCUUGGAAAUGCCACAUACUUGUUGACGCCCAAGUUUGUCAAUGAGACGCGCGAUCUAAUUGACGACGUUUCGCCAAUCCUUUCUCCAGAGUUGCUUGGUGAAGUCGGAGGCCUGCUUGGUCAGGCUAAUAACCUGCUGACGCCCAAAUUUGUCAACGAAACGCAGGUGCUCAUUGAGGACGCUUCUGAGUUGCUUCCUGCUCUAGUCAAGGUGCUGGGUACCUUGUGA